CUUUCUCUACAGCCGUCUUCUCAUUCUGUCACAAAAUCUGGCUUUGAAAAUCUUUGAUAAAACGAUCUGAAGAGAAACAGGAAGUUAUUAACACUCUUAGUUGUUUGUUUCUUGCUAAAACAGCGAAAACAGAAGCUCUAGAUCUCUUCCUGGUUAAGAGAGCAUCUGCAUUUGUUCAUGCAAAAGGGUUUUUCUUUGCUGUUUGGGAUUUUGAAUGGGUGGAGAGCUGAAAUUGAUUUGCCUGUGAAUCGUUAGAUAGAUAGAUGGGUAGCUCAAGUGGAACAAAAGCGAAGAUAAUUGAUCCUACUGUAGGUGGUUUGGUUUGGGUUCGGCGGCGAAAUGGGUCAUGGUGGCCUGGUCGGAUAAUGAGUAUUGAUGAAUUGUCUGAAGAUAGUUUGAUUUCUCCAAGGCUUGGUACUCCGGUGAAGCUUUUGGGAAGAGACGAUGCAAGCGUAGACUGGUAUAAUCUUGAAAAGUCUAGAAGGGUGAAGGCAUUUCGUUGUGGGGAGUACGAUGACUGCAUUGCAAAGGCUCAGACUGCCGCUUCCAGUUCUUCAAAGAAAGCAGUGAAAUACGCUCGAAGGGAAGACGCCAUUCUCCACGCACUUGAACUUGAAUCUGCUCUUCUAUCCCGAGUCAGUCCAGAUUCGAACCUUGAAGCUGCUAUAUCUAGUGAUGAGAAACUUUCUUCGAAGGAAUCACCAACUGUUUCUUGUUCUGUCGAAGAAAAAAAAGAUGUGGAAAAAGAAGAGGAAGAAUCGGGUAGCUUAGAAGAUAAUUCAAGUUCAGCUCAGGAAUUGUCUCAGUCUGCUGUUUCAUUUGAAGAGUUAAAUCAUGUUAAUGGUGCUACAACUCAAGGGAGGAGGCGAAGAACACCAAACGAUUCGGAAGAUGAUGGAACAGAAGGAGUUAAACGAAUGAGAGGACUCGAGGAUCUUGGAAUUGGUGUUGUCUCGUCUUUGAAGAGGAAAAGAUCUCAAGUGGCUCAUGUUCAUGAGUUCUUGAAGAGGAAGAAUCGACGUAGGCCUCUGACUAAAGUCUUGGAGAGCACUUCUAUAGUCUCGGUUCCCAUUACAUGUGAGCCACAAGUUGCUAGUACGAGUAAGGCUUCUGCACCAGAUUCUAACGAGUCGAAGAGAAAUAUCUCGACUGUUCUUCAUAACUCGGAUACUACAGGUGUUUCUGUUGAUAAUGAAAGCUCGUUAAAUUUGUCUGAUCAUGCUUCUGAUGCUCCUAUAGUUAAUCUUAAACAAAAGGAGAACGAAAUUUCCAGCAGAUUGGGAUUAACUGAGAAUGAUUCUUCUGGGAAGUUAUUCGAGGUGCCAUUUGUUGGUGAAGAUAAACAAGCUAGAGGUUUUGUUCCAGUUCUUGCACAUAGUGCUAAUCAAAAGACUGAAGUUGAUGCUGAUAUAAGUCAAGUUGAAACAAAGUGUCAAAUCAAAGAGGAACAUAAGGAGUAUGUUUCAACCUGUUUAGGAGCAGCUGAUAUUAACAUCAGCCAAACAAUAGAAAAAGGUUCUUCAAAGUGGCAGUCGAAAGGAAAAAGGAAUUCGAGGCAAAUAAACAAGCAUAAGCGACGUGAAUCGAGAAAUUGUAUGGCCAUGGACGAAACAUCCUUUAUAUUCGGUUGGAACAGGAAUGCUUCACACAAGGUAUCCAAUUCAAGUUUGCCUGCAAACAGUUCAAAGCUUAUACCCGAUUCCUCCCAAACCCAACCGCCACAAAGAUCGCUUCCUUAUCGUCAGUCACGUUUCACAUUGAACCCAAAAUAUGAGGCAUCAGAAUUUCCAAUCAGUUUCGAUCCCGAUUCAUCCUUGUUCGACGUCACUUUGGAAGUGAAAACCGGCCAUCCUCAACAUGUUCCCUAUAUUUCUCUAAUGAGCAAGUUGAACUGUCGACCGAUCAUUGGUCACCCUAUUACAGUUGAGCCAUUGAAAGAAGAAGGGCUUAGCAAUUUGUUGGCUGUUGAUUAUGAAACAGGUCAAAUUUGUUCAAAACCGAAGCCUAAUAGAGUUGGUGGUAGUAGUAAAAGACCUAAAAAAUCCUUAAAGUCGAAGAAAAAUGGAAGCUUAUCGAAAAAGACCAGGAAACUUUCUUCAUUAACGGGUUCUCAAAAGCGGAACCAAGAGGAGAAGAAACCGGUUUUGGAGAAGUUUAGUGGUCAACCAGUCAUAGCUUGUGUGCCUUUGAAAGUGGUUUUUAGUAGGCUAAAUGCGUCAUUUAACAGCUCGAUGCGAUCAAGCAGCAAGCCUUUCAAUUAGCUCACUAACUCGGGGUAAAUUAUCACUCAAUCUCUCUUGCGAGCAAUUAUUGACUUUUGAUUGUUUUUUUGUUUUUUGUUUCCUUAGAAUGAUCCCCCUUUUGUGUACAAUAAUGGAAUCUGCUUCUGUUGAGUAAUGCAUAUGGGAAAACAUCAAGGAAGGAGAAGAGAAGAAAAUAGGUUAGAAUCUGGCUAGUGUAUAUAUAAUGUAGCAUGGUUUGAUUGAGCAUCACUAGUAUUAGUGAGCCUUGGUGGGUUAAACUUUGGUUUAAUUUAAGGAGUUUUAUUAAGAGUUGCCCUUAAUUGCAAAUCUAGGGUUUGGACAGCAUUUUUUUUAAGCUUUUGUAGUAUGACUUCUGAGAAGGCCUUGAUUUUGUGACUGUUAUGUUUAAUAUCAACUGUUCUAUAGAGAUCCUUUUGGGUGAACACUGAGUUAGUGACCACUUUUUUUUUUAUGAACGGGAUUGAUUGAUAAAGAAAGGUUUUCGGGUUUCAUAUGUAUUAUGUGAUGUGUGUGUAAUGUCGGUUUGUGGUGCCGAGACAUGAAUUCUGUUUUGUGAACUAUUUAAUAUUCGAUAGAAAUGGUUAUUUUUUUUA